AAAGUGGUUUACAAUUGAAUAAAAAUCGUGAAAUUAAAUCAAAUAAUAUAAACGCAGGUGUUAUGUUUGUGCAACCCAAUAAAUUUAUAUAAAAUUACGUUGUAAAAAAGUGCCCUCACACUCGAAUUUAACCGCAAAGCGAAACUCUGCACAGAUGGUCGCAGCAGUGAUUAAGUGCAUCCCAUGGCCAGUGUAUGUGAUGGCAACGGGAAAUAGAUUUCUGGCCGGACGGGCACCCAGCCUUAGGAAUGGUCAUUUUUUUCGCUGCUUGUCACUUGAAAGUUGGCAAUUAAAUAUAUGCGUUUAAUUCGCUGCACUUUCGCAAGGUUUUCACUAACUUUGGUCGCAAAUAUGCCUCAAAUUAUGCGGCACGCAUUAGUCCAGAUCACAUGGCAAUUAACAUGACAUUGGAUAUAAUUCGAAACCUAACUGUUGAUCUUUGGCUGAAAGUGAGCAUCGCGCAGCGUGAAACGAAAAAUACUUAUCGAACGAUAUUUUCCUACAAUAUGAACCUGUGCAAUUUGCUUGGCAAAGGCAAAGGCAUCAACGUCUUCCAUAGUUGGGUGCAGAACAUCUACAGGUAUACAAAUAUGCCUCGCAGCUGUCCGAUUCAAGAGGGUAACUAUUACUGGAAGAACCUGCGACCCGAUAAAGACAGCAUUCCCGCUUUCAUAAUGACCGGUCAUUUUCGCAUUGAUUCCUUAUUUUAUUUGCGGGACUGGGGCAACGGUAUGCUUACGAAUACCUCAAUGUUUGUGGACAUUAAAAUGAAGUAGCAAU